CGUAAAAAAGAUCUGGUAAAAUUAGCGCAAGGUGAAUAUGUUUCACUUGGUAAGCUUGAAGCUUUUAUAGCCACUAUGCCGUAUGUCGAAAAUGUUUGUGUUUGUGCAAAUCAAAUGAGGGACUAUGUGGUAGCACUCAUUGUUCCUCGUCAAGAAAAGCUGUUUGAACUGGCUCGAACGGUAAGGAAUUUAUCACACAGUUAAUU